AUGGCAUCAACUCAAAUUUUCUUCAACUAUCCAACUUAUACUAAAAACUUCAAUAUGUAUGAAUAUUGUGAUGAUGGCUAUUCAGAUGACAGCUAUAGUGAUUAUGAAGAUGAAAUCGAAUAUUCAUUACAACAACAAGAUAAAUUAGAACAAUGUAUUAGUGGUAACAGUGGUAGAUCAUCCGGUGGUGUUGGCUCAUCAUCAGCUAAUAAAAACAACAACACCAGUAGCAGCAAUAAUAGUGGCAAUGUAUCACAAACAAAAUCAACACCAUUAUUAAAAAAUACCAAUGGUAAAUUAUCAUCAAACAAUCAAAUAAAAUCAGUUGAUCAAAUUUUGGAGGAAUUAGAAAAGCAAGAAAAUAAACAUAUAAAGCACAAUGUUGAAAAAGCUGUAAAGUUAAGUUCAACAGAAAAAGAAGAGAUUCUUAAAAGAGAAACCGAAAAUAUCAAAAAAGAAAGAUUACCAUCCAGCGAAGAAGUUUACAAUAGAAUUAAAUGGGAGUUCAACAGCAAGGUUGAAAAUUUUACAAUAUAUUAUGAAGAUCGUUUCGAUGGUUUAGUAAGUUCCAGUUUCAAAGAGUUUGAAUAUGAUGUAAUUCCACACCACCGUAUUCAAAUGUUCAAAUAUAAAGAUACAGUUAUUUACUCUCGUAAGGAAAGAAUAUAUAGUUUUGAUGCAGCUUACAACUAA